UAAAGAGGCGCGUGGAGGCGGGUGCGGCGCACACUGCUGCGGCUCGCGGAGGACGGCCCACGUGUCUCCCUAGACUCUGGCCUUGAGUUCCCCGGCUCCCUUUACCCCAGCGAGCCAGGGCGCCCCCUUGCCCCGCUUUGUGUCCACCCACCAGCCUCCCCCCCGCCCCCCCGCGCGGGAGCAAGUCCUCGUACAGUUCCCCGCGCUUGGUGGGCCAACUUGGCAGAGCAACUUUGUCCGGAGAGCGGCGCCGGGGGCGGGAGGGGGGGGGGAACAGGGCACUGCGCAUGCGGAGCUCCAAAUUCAAACAGCUGUUUCCAGAGGCUGUAGGGCGCGUGGACCCGGAGCCGCAGGGGCUAGGGGAGCCUUUCUCCAGGAGGCGGCCACUUGGGAGCCAUGGUGGACCGGGGCCCACUGCUCACCUCGGCCAUCAUCUUCUACCUGGCCAUCGGGGCGGCGAUCUUCGAGGUGCUCGAGGAGCCACACUGGAAAGAGGCCAAGAAAAACUACUAUACACAGAAACUGCAUCUGCUCAAGGAGUUCCCGUGCCUGGGCCAGGAGGGCCUGGAUAAGAUCCUGCAGGUAGUAUCUGAUGCUGCAGGACAAGGCGUGGCCAUUACAGGGAAUCAGACCUUCAACAACUGGAAUUGGCCCAAUGCAAUGAUUUUUGCAGCUACAGUCAUCACUACCAUUGGCUAUGGCAAUGUGGCCCCCAAGACCCCUGCUGGGCGCCUCUUCUGUGUCUUCUAUGGUCUCUUCGGGGUGCCGCUCUGCCUGACGUGGAUCAGCGCCCUGGGCAAGUUCUUCGGGGGACGUGCCAAGAGGCUGGGCCAGUUCCUCACCAGGAGAGGCGUGAGCCUGCGGAAGGCGCAGAUCACUUGCACAGCCAUCUUCAUUGUAUGGGGCGUCCUGGUCCACCUGGUGAUCCCGCCCUUCGUGUUCAUGGUGACUGAGGAGUGGGACUACAUCGAGGGCCUCUACUACUCCUUCAUCACCAUCUCCACCAUUGGCUUUGGUGACUUCGUGGCCGGUGUGAACCCCAGCGCCAACUACCAUGCCCUGUACCGCUACUUUGUGGAGCUCUGGAUCUACCUGGGGCUGGCCUGGCUGUCCCUCUUUGUCAACUGGAAGGUGAGCAUGUUUGUGGAGGUCCAUAAGGCCAUCAAGAAACGGCGGCGGCGGAGGAAGGAGUCCUUUGAGAGCUCUCCACACUCCAAAAAGGCCCUACAGAUAGCCGGGAGCACGGCGUCCAAAGACAUCAACAUCUUCGGUUUUCUGUCCAAAAAGGAGGAGACCUACAAUGACCUCAUCAAGCAGAUCGGGAAGAAGGGAAUGAAGACGAACGGGACUGGGGAGAGGGUCCCAGCAGUGGGGCUGGGGCCUCAGGGGGGUGGGCUGCCAGCCCUCCCCACCUCCCUGGCCCCCCUGGUGGUCUACUCCAAGAACCGGGUGCCCAGCUUAGAAGAGGUGUCUCAGACGCUAAGGAACAAAGGCCAUGUGUCACGGCCCCUCAGCGAGGAGGUUGGGGCGGGACCCCCCAAGGAUGGCUCCCUGACCCCUGAAGUGUUCAUUAACCAGUUGGAUCGAAUCAGCGAGGAGGGGGAGCCAUGGGAUGCCCAGGACUACCACCCACUCAUCUUCCAGAAUGUCAACAUCACCUUUACAAAUGAGGAAGCCGGCCUCUCAGAUGAAGAGACGUCCAAGUCCUCGAUAGAGGACAACCUGGCAGGGGAGGAGAGGCCCCAGGAGGGGGCCGAGGCCGAAGUGCCCCUGAACCUGGGCGAGUUCCCCUCGUCUGAUGAGUCCACCUUCACCAGCACCGAGUCUGAACUCUCUGUGCCUUACGAACAGCUUGUGAACGAGUAUAAUAAGUCAGACUGCCCCAGAGGCACGUGAGGCAGGGCCGGCUCCCCACCCCACCUUCGAUGGCUUCCGUUUCCCUCAUCCUAGGGCGUCCUACUCUGGCCCCUGGUGGGGGGCAGCCCUGGAACUGGGAGUGGGGGGCCAGGGGCCUUCCUCACCUUCCAUCCCCUGCAGCUAGAUGCUACUGGCAAACAUAGCAUGUGCCCAGGACAGGGCCUCUGUUCUCCGGUUGAAUGGGCACCCUGGCAGUGGGAGGCAUCUGUCCUGAGCAUGGCUGGUAAUUUUGAUGGUUCAGUGACCUGUGUGGGCUGGCAGGUGACCCUCAAGGAGGCCUGCACCUGCAUGGGUCUUCGUGCGUCAUUCGGUUGAAAAUGUCACACGGUUCUCUUAGGCCGGGGGCCUCGGCUGUUUGAGUUCACCAGCGUUAAUGAGCUCCUGUGAGCCCAGCACUGAGUCAGGUAUUUCAGAAAGAGGCAGGGGAGGGCAUUGUGAGACCCGGGUCCUACCUUUGAAGGAGGGACGGCUGUGGUGUUGGGGGUGCUGAGCAUUUCAGCUCUUCAGCAGUAGCGGGGCCCUGUGUGGGGCACAUGUGUGACCAUCCCCCAGGCCCUUCUCGUCUGCCUGUCAGGCCUCUACUGCAAUCUCAGUAGGGAAGAGGCACCCAGGGGAAGGGAGAGAGGAGAUACUGGGCAGGUGCUGAAACACUCCUCUGAUAUAAGGGCCUGGGAGCAAGCUCUGAGUGUGGCCCAGGGUCUUGUCACCGUGCUCGGACCAAGCCCCACCCCCCCCAACCCAGAGCCCAGUUCCCUGAUGCAGACAACUUUUGGCCAAGCAGUGACAGAUGUCGCCUUUCUCUCUCCCCAGGAACGUUGGGGGAAGAGGGUGGCAGUAGCCAGGGAGCUGCAGGAGUAAGCUCACCUCUGGCCCCAGCCUCCCCGUCUGGCUGGCUCCUCAUCCCCUGUGCCCAGAACAAGGACCUCAUGGCUCCCUGGCCCUCCU